AUGGGCGAGAUGAAUUGUAUGAAAUGGGCAGGAGUGUUUAUAGGAGUGGGCCAAUAUGUUUCACAUGUUGUUGCCUUUAGGGAAGCUGUGUACAUGUUCAGUAUUGUAGAGAAGUUUGUAGUAAGAUAUGUCAGGAAUAGUAAGGAGAAGAUGAAUGUGAGGUGUAAAGUAGAAGGGUGUUCUUGGAAGAUAUGUGCAAAUGCUGUUGGAAAGAACAAUCAUUUAUUACGUGUGACUACAUUUUGUAAUGAGCACAUUCAUUCAGCACAAGACAAUAUGAUUGUGACUUAUGAUGGAAAUACUGUGUUGAAAUCAUCAGUAAUAGUUGAAGAGAUAAGGGACUAUGCUGAAAAACAGCCCACUGAAAUAAGAAAGAUGUUGGAGAGGGAGUAUGGUGUGAGGUUUACAUAUUGUCAGGCCUAUAGAGCAAAGGAAAAGGAAACUGAUGACAAAAAGGUUGCUGAAUGGGCCUACAAUGGUAAUAGAUUUGAGCGUGUGUUCAUUGUAUAUGGUGCAUGUGUUGAGGGUUUUUUGAACGGUGCAAGGCCUACAUUAUAUGUUGAUGGUAUCCAUUUAAGUGGUCCAUAUAAGGGGAUGUUACUGUUAGCUUCGGCAUAUGAUACGUAUAAUGAGAUGUUGCCAUUUGCAAUAGCAAUGGUGAAGGGAGAGAAUCUUGAGGACUGGACGUGGUUUUUUCACAAGAUUAAACAAAUAGUUGGUUCAAUGCAAUUGACUAUUGUGUUAGACAGACAUAAUUCCAUAAUUAGAGCUUUGCAAGCAAUAUUUGAGGGUGAAAAACAUGCAUACUGUUAUAGGCAUGUCAAGGAGAACUUUAGCUCUGAAUAUAUGAAAUUAAAUAAAGGUCGGAGAAGGACAAGUGAAAAUUCAAAGGAAGAUGCAUUAGAUAAAGUGGCUUAUGCAAGACUUGCAGAUGAGUCUGAUCACGCCCUGUAUGAGCUCAUAACCAUGUCUCGUGAGUUAUAUGAUUGA